GAGGUUCACGCUGAAAUGUGCCAACACGCUACUCUACAGGGCUUUGGUUCUGACUCAAUGAAUCAUGACUCAUGAAGGCAAGGCAGCGGGAAAGACAGUAUUGAUAAAGUCGAUUGAUAAAGAGUCAAGUUUAAACCCAGACAGCAGAAGUCUCUACACGCUCGACCCAUCCCUCUCUCCUUUCGUAAAGCCAUUCACUCCCCCUCAUUACCUUCCUGGGAACUCACCUUCUCCCUCCUUGACCCACCGCCAACACACUCAUUCAUUCUGUACCAGCCUGCCACUACACCUGAGAAUAUAGUCCAUUCAGGCUGCUCUGGGAGGCACUACACCUGAGAAUACCUGCCGGGCUCUGGGACCCACCCGGGAACAGCUACCUGUGUCUGUCUCUGCCAGGAACUCACCAGAGUAUCUACCUGCAAGCAUCUCCUCUGUGAAUACUGACCUGCAGCCCAUCCGAGAGCCACGGGAUAGCAGAUGCUGAAUCAGAUGGGACCUCCCCAACAGACAAGAUACAGCUAAUAGUAGGAAUUUGAAAACCUUGAGUUGGGAACCAGCGGUCUCUGUGACAAGCACAAUGCCCUCUCGCUGCAGGACCGCGCUGCAUAUUGUGACCACCACCCUCUUUGCUGCUGUGGUCCUGUUUGGGAUCCUGCUAGCCUACGUCACUGGCUACCAGUUCAUCCACACGGAGCAGCACCACCUCUCCUUCGGCCUAUAUGGAGCCAUCCUGUCCCUGCACCUCCUUCUCCAGAGCCUGUUCGCCUUCCUAGAACACAGGCACAUGCGCAGCCCCGCCCGCCCCCAGCUCCUGCGGCGCUCCGUGGCCCUGUGCAUCGCGGCCUACCAGGAGGACCCGGACUACCUGCGGAAGUGCCUCCGCAGCGUGCGACGCAUCUCCUUCCCCGGCCUGAAGGUGGUGCUGGUGGUGGACGGGAACAGGCUGGAGGACCGCUACAUGAUGGACAUAUUCCACGAGGUGAUGGGAGGAGCGGACCAGGCCGGCAGCCUGGUGUGGCAGGGGAACUUCCACAGUGACGGGGUUGGUGGCGUGGGUAAAGGAGGGCCCGCAGCAGCGCGUCGGCACGUGGAGGAGGCUGCUCGCGUGGCCAGGAUGGUGAGGGGAUGCCACUACUCCUGCAUCAUGCAGGAGUGGGGAGGGAAAAGGGAGGUGAUGUACACAGCCUUCAAAGCCCUCGGAGACUCUGUUGACUACAUUCAGGUGUGUGACUCGGACACAGUUCUGGACCCUGCGUGUACUAUAGAGAUGCUAAAGGUUCUAGAAGAGGAUGCACAGGUGGGCGGAGUUGGUGGAGAUGUACAGAUCCUGAACAAGUAUGACUCGUGGAUCUCUUUCCUGAGCAGCGUUCGCUACUGGAUGGCCUUCAAUGUGGAGCGGGCCUGCCAGUCCUACUUUGGCUGUGUGCAGUGUAUCAGUGGCCCGCUGGGCAUGUACCGCAACUCUCUGCUGCAGCAAUUCCUAGAACCCUGGUACCACCAGACCUUCCUGGGCAGCAAGUGCAGCUUUGGCGACGACCGCCACCUCACUAACCGCGUGCUCAGCUUCGGCUACAAGACCAAGUUCACGGCCCGAUCCCAGUGCCAGACCGAAACACCGACACUCUACCUCCGCUGGCUCAACCAGCAGACCCGCUGGAGCAAAUCCUACUUCCGGGAGUGGCUGUAUAACGCCCUCUGGUUCCACAAGCACAGCCUCUGGAUGACCUACGAGUCUGUGGUGACAGGCUUCUUUCCCUUCUUCUUGGUUGCCACGGUGAUCCACCUGUUCUACCGCGGGCGCCUAUGGAACAUCCUUCUCUUCCUGUUGACGGUGCAGCUGGUCGGCAUGGUGAAGGCCACCUACGCCUGCUUCCUGAGGGGCAGCCUGGUCAUGAUCUUCAUGUCCCUGUACUCGCUCCUCUACAUGUCCAGCUUGCUGCCGGCCAAGAUGUUCGCCUUGCUCACCAUCAACAAGGCCGGCUGGGGUACGUCGGGGCGGAGGAAGAUUGUGGUGAACUUCAUUGGGGCGGUGCCCGUCACCGUGUGGGGCGCCGUGCUGCUGGGCGGGGUCGCCUACACAAUCUACUGUGAGACCCAGGAGCCGUUCAGUGAGACGGAGAAAGCCCUGCUCAUUGCUGGGGCCAUCCUGUACGCUUGCUACUGGCUGAUUCUGCUAGUCCUCUACCUGGCUAUAGUGGCCAAGCGCUGUAACAAGAGGGAGGAGCAGUACCACCUGCCGUACGCUGAGGCAUAAGGCGUGCGUGAGACUGGGUUAGUCCCUUGCGGCGCUGCUAAAUGAGCUGAGCCAGUGUGAGGCCCCUCUCAUGGCCCUCUGUCUCCAUGGUGCUAACCUCUGGUUGUGAAGAACGUUAUCCACGUGCGGAUGAUGUGCUGUGGAAUGUCAUUGGACCAACAGUUCUGGGAGUCCUCUACUAGCGGACACAAUUAACAGUGCAAUGGUGCUUUUCAUGGACGUGCAGCGCGUUAUCCUACAGCCAUUGUCUAUUGGGCAUGAUGGGACACGGAGGGGCCCGUGGAAAUUCAGCCGAUUGUGAGGACUUUGACACAAGCCUGGAGUUUCGGGGCUUAUGUUCAUUGAGCACCUGUGUCAGCAUAAACAUUAUGAGACAGAGUUGAUACAUCACCAGCAUGACAGAAAGACUGCACCCAUACAGACAGUCAGUCAGUCAGUCACAGGCCAGACAAUAUCACCAACGUGAAGGCCCUCCCAUCCUCAGGCAGGUGACAGAAUGAUCCACAGUUGUAUUUUUGUAAUACAAUAGACUAUCCAACAUUUCUACAUAAUUUACAAAACAUUCUGGUGCUGUUGAACAGUGUCCAGGGCAAAGGAUUAGCUUAUAAAGUACAGUACGUCCUGCUAGUGUAUUUACUCAAUUGUGGUUGUUUUUGCUGAAUGUGUGCCAAAUUCAACAAAUGCUCAAUACAGGAUGUCGUAUUCCAACUGAGGAUAAUACAUCAUGCAUUCCACCACUCAGACUCCUUUGGCCAAAGAGCACCUGGUUUUUGGACACGUGGCAUAUCAUUUAAGUACUAAAAACAUUGUCAGUUGUAACUCCAGAAUAAGAUAAUGUAAAAGCAGGAUCCCUUUUAUCAAGAUCAAGUGUUGUAGUAUCAGGGCUCUAUUAAACCAAACCUACACAGCAGUAUUUAUGCAGCGUGUUUUUCCACUGAUGGACUCACAGACUGGUGUUGGGUAUAUAUAGGUUGUAUAAAAACCUACAAAUAUCAGGGCGACAUGUAUGUUUUACAUAUUCAUUUAAUUAGAAGCGUGUGCACACGGAAUUCAUACUGUAAAUACAAAUAGGUGUAAACAUUGGUGUGGCAGUAGAUAAUGAAUCCCAGCUAAAGUGUAGGUCCGAUGUCAUGAGAUUCUGGUGGUUGGAGAAUGGAGAUAUUGUUGUGGUAUUAUGCAUUUACUCUUGUAGUGGAGAUUUGUAUUUACUCCUUUGUUAUUUAAGUUAUUUUAUGAGGAGUUCAUGACUUGAAGUGUAAAAGGGCAGAUAAUACAGAAAAUGUUUGUUUACAGUCUUGCUCAGCCUCACUCUACCAACAUACUGUAAGUCACUACAGAAAUCACAACAAAAACCGAUAAACAGAUCCAAGAAAUAUGCAAGUAUCUUCACUAUUUAUGUGGUCACAUGGGCUUGGUUUUAGGCAGAACAUUUGAAAGCAUGUUGGAAGUAGCAAGGCCAUUAUGAGAACCAGGCCAUAGAGUGGGAGAGAGAGAGUUAGUGGUGGCCAGGACCAGAGGGGAAAUUAUUUACUGUGUGGCGGAAUGAAUUGGCCCCUUCAGAAAUCAUGGAGCAGAAGGGUGGACUUUUAUGGUUACACCUCUUUGUGCUUGCCAAGAAGGGACCUCCCUAAUUCCCCUAACACACACACAAAUAAACAGAAUGCUGGAACACAAAAUCCAGUGUUUAAAGUGUGUACAAACAACAGAUCUCUUUAAGUCAUCUUAAAUAUGUAUUUGAAUGUGCAUGUGGUCUACCUUUCCCUCUUUACUCCACAGUGUGUUGGUGACUGUGUUGUUGCACAUAGAUAUUGAGAUGUGUUUGACAGGGUUGUCUGAAAGUCAAUAGUGGAGAUAUGAAAUAGAGUACAAUGUACAAUUAUGGUCUUUAUGUCAUAUUGGUCUUAUAACGCUGUGACUGAACGUAAAUGUCUACCCAUAUUCUGUAAGCAUAUUCUACAUGGGGAAAAAAUUAUAAUAGAAAUGGUUUGAAUAUAAUUACUUACAGUGGGGAGAACAAGUAUUUGAU